AUGUCUUUCGGUGGCGGUAGAGAUCAACAAUUCAACAAAUCCAAUUAUAACUCACGUGGAGGAGACUCCCGUGGUUUCAGAGCUUCAGACAGAAACUCAUAUACCCAUCAAGGUAACGGUCGUCCUUACGAAGGCGGUAGAGGUGGUGGUAGACCUCAAUUCAGUGGUCCUCAAGAACUAGUUAAGCCAAACUGGGAACAAGAAUUGCCAAACUUACCAACUUUUGAAAAAAAUUUCUACGUCGAACAUGAAACCGUUCAAAAUAGAACUGAAGCUGAAAUUGCUCAAUUUAGAAAGGAAAAUGAAAUGACCAUCUCUGGUCAUGACAUUCCAAAGCCAAUCACAACUUUCGAUGAGGCUGGGUUCCCUGACUACGUCUUAAACGAAGUCAAAGCUGAAGGGUUCGACAAACCAACUGGUAUUCAAUGUCAAGGUUGGCCAAUGGCUUUAUCCGGUAGAGAUAUGAUUGGUGUUGCUGCUACUGGUUCUGGUAAGACUUUGUCGUAUUGUUUGCCAGGUAUUGUCCAUAUCAAUGCUCAACCUUUGUUGGCUCCAGGUGAUGGUCCAAUUGUGUUGGUCUUGGCUCCAACAAGAGAAUUAGCUGUUCAAAUUCAAAAGGAAUGUUCCAAGUUUGGUCAUUCUUCUAGAAUUAGAAACACUUGUGUUUACGGUGGUGUCCCUCGUGGUCAACAAAUUAGAGACUUAUCCAGAGGGUCAGAAAUCGUUAUUGCCACUCCAGGUAGAUUGAUUGAUAUGUUGGAAAUCGGUAAGACUAACUUGAAGAGAGUCACUUAUUUGGUGUUAGAUGAAGCUGAUAGAAUGUUAGAUAUGGGGUUCGAACCUCAAAUUAGAAAGAUUGUCGAUCAAAUUAGACCAGAUAGACAAACUUUAAUGUGGUCCGCUACUUGGCCAAAGGAAGUCAAGCAAUUGGCUAGUGAUUAUUUGAAUGAUCCAAUUCAAGUCCAAAUUGGUUCUUUGGAAUUAUCUGCUUCUCACAACAUUACUCAAUUAGUCGAAGUCGUGUCCGAAUUCGAAAAGAGAGAUCGUUUGUUGAAACAUUUGGAAACUGCUUCUCAAGAUCAAGAAUCUAAGAUUUUGAUUUUUGCCUCUACAAAGAGAACUUGUGAUGAAGUUACUAAAUAUUUGAGAGAAGAUGGAUGGCCUGCUUUGGCUAUCCAUGGUGAUAAAGACCAAAGAGAAAGAGAUUGGGUCUUGGAAGAAUUUAGAUCUGGUAGAUCUCCUAUUAUGGUUGCCACUGAUGUGGCCGCUAGAGGUAUUGAUGUCAAGGGUAUUAACUACGUUAUCAAUUAUGACAUGCCAGGUAACAUUGAAGAUUAUGUACACAGAAUUGGUAGAACUGGUAGAGCUGGUGCCACCGGUACUGCUAUUUCUUUCUUCACUGAAGGUAAUAAGAGUCUAGGUGCUCCAUUAAUAUCAAUUAUGAGAGAAGCUAAACAAAAUAUUCCGGAAGAUUUAUUGAAAUAUGAUAGAAGAGCUCGUGGUCCACACCCAAGAUACGGUGGUGGUGGUUACGGUGGCCGUGGUGGUUAUGGCCGUGGUGGUCGUGGCGGUUACGGUCGUGGUAAUGGUGGCUAUGGUGGUGGCCGUGGUGGUUACGGUGGUUCAAGAGAUGGUGGAUGGAACAGAAACGGUGGUGGUAACAGAUAUUAG